AAAGCUCCCUUUACAACUAUCAACAGGCUGCGAGUGCGUGUCUUUCUGUGUAGUGGGGGGUGGGGGUGGCAGAGAGGCGGGGGACACGCAUUUUGAGACAGAAGUCCCGGUGCGAUCCACAGGCCAGGAACCCAGGCGUCCUCUCCUCCCUCCCAUCCUUGCUCGGGGCUAACUGCCGUAAGAAACUGGAGUGACUGGCUCGGAAGACACAUCUCUUGUUGAGUGCCUUUCUUCCCACCCGCCCGCCCUUUGGGUCUUGGGACUGGGGCAGUAGGCGUGCAGAGUUCUGCAGAGCGGAUGGACUUGUGGGCAGGUUGGAGAACCCCGCGGGGGUCCUGCGGCCACCCGGGAGGUCCCGAAGGUCAGCAGCAGUGAGGACGCUAGGGCGUAUCCAACCUGUGCGGCUAGUUCGGGCGAAGGCGGGGAAAACGGGGCGGGGGGUCCUGUCGGAGAGAAUUGGAAGCUCGUGACCAUGGUCCCCAAAUUGUGGUUGUUCGUGUUCCUUGGAGCCUGCACAUCUGGAAUCCAGCAUCGGGACGGGGCUGCUCUCCAGAGCCAGCGGAACGGCUCAGGCCGGCUGCAAUGGGAAUCCCAGUGUCAGUACCAACUUCGCCAUCUUCAGGACGGAGCCAGAAUUACUGCGCUGCUACCUCCAAGGCUGGAGGGUCACUGGAUCUCCACGAGCUGUGAAGUGCGUCCAGGGCCAGAGUUCCUCACCAGGUCAUACAUGUUCUACUCAAACCGCUUGUUUAAAGCAUACCAGUUCUAUUACCAGGACCCUUCCUGCCGGGAACCCUCGUACUCUCUGCUCAUCAAAGGCAAGCUCCGCCUUCGCCAGGCAUCCUGGAUAACACGAGGGGCCACAGAAGCCAACUACCACCUGCACAAGGUUGGCAUCGUCUUCCACAGCCAGAGUGCUAUUCUGGAGAUGGCAGAGCGCAUCAAUCAGACAGGAGGCAGAGGCUGUGGUAAAUUACUCCCCCUGGGGAGGUCCUGGACUCCAGGGACCGUCUAUGAACUCCUGAGUGCCAAGGCAGAGAGAGACUGCACUGGGGCCCUGGGCUUUGCCAUGCACGAGCUCAGCCUGAUCCGAGUGGAAAGGCAGUACAAGCUGCAGCAGUUGCCAGGCAAUAGAGUGGUGGAGGAGCUAUAUCUGGGUGACAUCCACACGGAAUGGUCAGAAAGGCUUCACUAUAGACCCACUGGGUAUCAACGCCCACUCCAGAGUGCCAUGCAUCACUCGCAUCCAUGCCCAGCUUGUGGAAUCAUCUACCGUUCGGAUGAACACCAUCCCCCAAUACUACCCCACAAGGCGGUGCUGCCCCUGAGACUCAGUGGUAGGUGGGUCAGCAUGAGGUGUGAGGUCCGACCUGCCGUACUCUUCCUCACCAGAUUCUUCACUUUCCAUGGGAGUAACCGGACAUGGGAAGGCUAUUAUCACCACUACUCUGACCCUGCCUGCCGACAGCCCACAUUCACGGUGUAUGCCUUUGGGUAUUACAACAAGGGCACCCUAUCUACCAAGGUCAGAGGUGGCACAGAGCUAACAUUUAAAGUCACCCGGGCCCGUGUGACACCAAUGGAUCAGGUCACUGUGGCGAUGCUGAACUUCUCACACCCAGGGAACUGUGGGGAUGCAGGGUCCUGGUCCCUUGGAGUUGAGCAGGAUGUCACACCAACCAAUGGGUGCUUGCCACUGGGCAUCAAGCUCCCUCAUGUGGAGUUUGAACUCUUUAAGACUGAACAAGACAUAAGAGGCCAAAGCCUGCUGUUUAUUGGAGAGAGGCCCACAGAUGGCUCAAACCCAGAUAUCCCAGAGAAGCGUCCCACUUCCUAUCAGGACCCUCUGGUCCAGUGUGCUGGAGCAUCCGCUGGCUUUUCAAGACAACUUCAUCACAGUCAUCAGCCAGAAAAAUACAGGAGUAGCAGGAACAGAUCAUCAAAAGUAUACUCUAUGGGAAGCCUACUUCUGAUCAUAGCCCUGACAUUUUUAAGGUGGGACUUAAAUUGAUCAAAUUGUUGGCUCCCAAAGCAGGAGGGAAUUCCCUCUAGAAUUUGAGACAUCCUUCCAGGCACAUUUCCAAGAUCAGCACCUUCUUUUCUAAUCCCUGAGACUCUGUAUAUGCUUAAACAUGGACAGGGGGAGGGUAGCAUUCUUGAGACUAGACUCUGGCAUGCAAAUAUCCACUUCCAAGUUACAGAGUAAUGCUGAUUCAACUCACCAGUUCAUACUAAAGCUGGUGACAUGAAUUUUAAUUCAUGCUGCCUUGAGCUUUCAGUGGCCUGUAUUCACAGGCAACCUCGGCCUCCCAAAGUGCUAACUGCUGGAAUUUCUGUGCUUCAGAAUUUUCAGCCUAGAAAUCCAGCCUUCUGGGACCUGUUUAUGAGGUAGGGUUCUAUCUAAAGGGUUCUUCCUUUGGUCUCAUCCAAAAACUAAGGGACACAAAGACGUAUGAGAGGCAGGUUAAUCCCUACACCACCACUUCCAGAUCACACAGAAGCAAGUUUACUGUUAGUUCUUGUUUGAAUUCCCCUUGGCAUUUUCAGCCACUGGAUAGCCAAAGAAUUCAUCUGGAUCUACAGCAUAUAUAGUUUUUCUUUCUUCAUCAGAAAAUUCCCAUUUCUAUAAAUUCUAAUAAGAGAGAAAAUGUCAUGGAUAUCUUAUGGGUAGAUGACUUUAGAUCCAUUUUAUUAUUCUUUAGAUCCAUUUUACAAAUAGGUAAGUGGCAAAUCUAGAAAACAAAUUUUCUUCUUUUAUUCUUUAGUUAAUUAUAGCCAGUACCCCAGAUGAAUAAGGGCUAUUUUGGGGCUUCUUGACCUUUAUUGUGUGUCAUGGAAUCCUUCUCAGAAAGAUGUUUUUAAGUGCAUAAAACAAAAUGCAUAGAAUUAAAAAGGAAACCAAUUAUGUUAAAAUUGUUAAAAAAAAAUUUUUAAGCCGAUAGACUCCAGGCUAAUAACCCUCGGAUUAUAUGGUCCCUAAGGUUGUUUUUUCUCUUUGUAUCCACAUCUUGCACAUCGUAGGGGCUUAAUCUUUGAAUCCAAUUGUUAAGGUUUCUUUUAAGGCCUAUAACCUCUCAGUCAACAACCUGAAGUGUGAAUUUAUUUAUGUGGUACAGGUAGCAGUGGACAGUAAUUGGGGAUGGGGGGUGGAAAUAGUACUGAAGUAUUUUCAUACUGCUAAAAAUUCUUCUGGCAUGGUGAACUCAGAGGUCUUGAGAAACAUUUUAAUGAUCUCCUCCUUUCUUACUCCAUCCCACUUUCAUCAGUCACAUUACAUAUUUUAAGAUUCAAAUCCAGGUCUUACAAGUGACUUUGUGAACUUGGACAAUGAAAUCCCUUUCCUUUGCUGGUCUGGUUUCCUCAUCUGUAAAAUGAGAGGGUUUUAAAAUGAUUUCUAAAGUCCUUUCCAGCCCUGGAUGAUAUGACAGACCUAUUACCUAUAAAGCAAGUGCUUUAGAAUUCAUCAUCCCAGCCCACUUAUUUUGUUCCACUGGCAUCUGCUUGAAAAAGCCCCAUCUGACUUCUCUAAGCAUUCCUGUUUUUAAGAAAAGAUAAUCUUUGCAAGUCUCAAACUAAAAAGGGCUUUCAGAGGGCAUAUUCACAGAACUACAGUUAUAAGAUUAUUUAUGGUUUUAAACCAAAUGUAUAAAGUUGUGGGGUUUUGGAGGGGGUAGCGGCUCCAGGGGAUGCCAUUUACACUAACCAGUUCACCUAUGUGUGGUGCAAAUGAAUCACAUUUGCACAUUAAUCACAUUACAAUUUUUAAUCCCAUUAAAAUUUAAACUUAAAAAUCUUUCUCAUAAACAAUCAUACCAACUGAAUGGUGUUCCCUGUGGUUAUUAAAGAUUGUCAAGUGUAAGGGUUUGUGUUCUAACUUCGAGUACCUAUGAUAAGUAAGAUUUCUUCAUGUAUACAUACAUCUUGUUGCACACUGGGCCCAGAAUUAAUCAGAAGUAUUUGGGAAGAAGCUUAAAACAGAACACGUAACUACAUUAAAUUACGAAGUGCAUAUUAAAGGGAAAAUUCAUCCCCUUACGAGUGAACCUCAAUGUUUCUCCAUUUCUUUACUCUAAACUUAAGGAUUCUGAUUUCAAGGCCAAUAUUUCAAAUGUUUUUUCUUUGCCUGAUCAGUUAUUAUCACUAGAAAGUGAAAAAAUAUACUGUUUUACUUUUGGUCAAUGGAAAUUAUCAUUCCAGGCUCAGGCUUUUAUAUUCUGCUGGCAACAUUUCUAGAGUUGCGUUGAGUGUAUAGGUGUGAAUGUGCUGUGAAGAAAUGAUUAUUGUGUGUCCUAUUCGCUACCUGUAGGGCUUCAGUUUGUUGAAGAUAUCAGAUGGGAUAUCAAGGUUGGGGCUGUCCUUGACCUACCCUGCAAACUCUUGUAGCAAACUUUGGCUCAUGACCCAUCCCACAAAUCUGCAUGAGACCCUUGAAACAUCCUUGGGUGCUGGUAGAGAGAAUUAAAAAGAGCACUAGAUUUUUAAAAUUUGAUAGUGCAUUAGUAUGUUUUGUCCCAUUUACAAAAGAUUUGAUGUUGGCAUAACUACAUAUCAUAGGCUCCUAUGUUAGAACUUUUAGAAUUAAAAAAAAAGUACAGCUAUUCAAGUCCCAUUGAAAUAUUGAUACUAAUUAUUAUUAUUUUGAGACUGUCUCUACCUUGCCCAAGCAGGAAAUGCAGCAGCUACCAUAGUCUGAUCCCAAUGUGACAUGCCACGGAAACUUUAACUUGCUCUAUUUUUCCAGCCUGGGCCAGUUUAUCCCUCCUUAGGCAGCCUGGUAGCUUUCCGCUCCUGGGAGCCCACCAUAUUUAUGUCAGACUUACUGUGGACAUCUGACUGGCUUUAGCCCUACCAUGGCUCAGAGCUCCCCACUCAAGAAAUCCACCAGCCUUAGCCUUCCUAACAGCAAGGACCACAGGUAUGGGCCAUUACGCCUGUCUGUUUUCCUGGUUUUUCUAAGGAUGUGUUUAAUCUCACACUGGUGCCACUGGAGACGUGUCCAACAGCGCAAUGCAUACUUGUUGAUCUGGAUCACCAACUUCUGGUAAUGUAGAUAUUUACGGAAUGGGAAGGGUUGAAUGGGGGGGGCAGGAAUGAGGAGGUAGCUGUUUGAAGAACACUGAAAGGAAGUAAAGUAUACCUCAGGGUAUACUUUAUCAAGCUGUAGGAGGGGAAAUGAGGUAGGUACUUCUGAGUGAAAUAAAAAGUAUGGGCAUUUUGUCUUA